ACAAAUUUAUACCAUAAUAUAUCUACAAUUUAGAUAAUAACCAAACAUAUAUUUUAUGAAUAUGUGGUUAACACAUUUUACAAUUUAUAUUUAUAGAUAUUUAUCAUCUCAUAAUAAUAUUAUUUAUUAAUUGUUACAAUAACUGCUAAAUAAUGGUUACAACGGAUACCACGGGCGAGACAUACAGGCCUUUAACAGGUCUGGUAUACCUGUUCAACCUAAUCGUGGGAACGGGAGCCCUGGCAAUGCCGGCAGCCUUUGCCAACGCGGGCUGGUUGGCCAGUACGGUAGUGGUGGUCAUACUAUGUCUGGUCAGUUACAUCACCACCACAUUUGUCAUCGAAACCAUGUCCUUAGCCAACGCUCUCCUCAAAUAUAACAAACAAAAAGACAACCAAACUCUUGAUACCUAUUCAAUAGCCGGCAAACGGCGAGCGCCUACUGAUCGUCACUGUGAAGGCCCGUCCCGUUGCUGUUCAUCAUCGGCCGAACCGCCGGACAAAACGUGUCGUUCCUCUCGUAGUAUCAGUAGUACUGAAAAACUUCCGCUUUUAGAGUGCACUACAGAUCAGGAGGACGAGAGUUCCGGUGCCGACGACGGGGUCGUUGAGAAACAGGUCGUCCAAAAGGAGCCCGACGUGGAGGACAGGGAGGUGGAGGACAACAACUUCUUCGCCAUCACCGAGAAGGUCGAGUUGGGAGGGAUGGCCAACAUGUUCCUCAACGGCGUUGGAGUCAAACUGUUUUACGUGACGAUUGCCGUCUAUUUGUACGGAGAUUUGGCCAUAUAUUCAGCCGCCAUCAGUAAAUCGCUCCGGGAUGUCACGUGUUCCUAUAAACACCAGAAUUGUAACGAAACUCUGUCUGUGGACGAUCAGUGCUGGACUGGUAUGUCGAGCAUAAGCCGUCAGAAUGCGUACCGUAUAUACCUGGCCCUCACACUCCUAUGUAUCGGUCCCUUCGCUUUCUUCAACGUCCAGAAGACAAAGUACUUACAAAUGCUGACAACACUUCUCCGAUGGAUCGCAUUCAUAUCUAUGAUAAUCAUAGCUAUGGUCGCGAUAUCGUCGGGCAAAGCACACGCCCGGCCCUCAACCCUAUCGGUCCGGGGUAUACCCAACCUGUUUGGUGUCUGUGUCUACUCAUUCAUGUGUCAUCACUCGCUGCCAUCGCUGGUCACUCCCAUCAGCAAUAAGAGCCGCAUAUUUGUCUUAAUACUGACGGACUAU